AUGUUGCGCUUUGCGCUACGCGCUGCCACCAUCACCGUGAGGAAGCUGAAGCCUCCUUUCAAUCGCAUGCAGACGAGAGCAGCAGGGGCAGGGUAUGCCCUCGAGGUCAGUAAGCCGGAAGUUGAAGGUUUGCUGCUGAAGCCUGACGCUGAGUUGGCAGAGCAAGUCUGCCAGAAUCAGCAUGCCAUGCAUUUUCUUACGGUGCUGAAGAUCAUCGGCACAGUGCAUAAUCGCUUGAGCUCUAUUCGCUACAUUAUGGGUGAUCAACUGCAUUCCUUUAGCAUGGAAGCUGCCGUCGAGUCUGCAGAGGCAGCUGCUGAGCAGGCAGAAGACAAGGGCCUUUUGCAAGUAAAUGCGGUUUCAGAGCUGAGGCCAAUGCGUGAACAGCUGAUGUCGCUUCUGAAUCAGAUCGAUCGUGAGAUCAAGCAAGGGAAAGAGUCCAGCUCGGAUUACGCCGCCAAGCAAGUGGAAGAAAUCGUGGUGCCAAUUCUGGAGAUGUUCAAACCUCUGGGUAUGCCCGAUAAACAGCAGAUCAAUGUGGCAUACAGGCAGGCUGAAGCUCUGUUCAAAGAAGUGGUCACCAAGUGCUUCUCGGAGUUGAAACAGAAGGCCUACAACGACAGAAUCCUCAAAGCACAGCAGCUUCUGUCUGAUGCCAUGCUUACAAGUGAAGUUAAAGAACAACAUGUGAAAGACGUGCGUGAAAGGCUGCACAAAGCCGAAGCAGAUGUACGUGCCAUGGAGGGGAAGGAAGUUCGUCUCCUCAGCGCAGAACAACAAGAUGAAGACCUGAUCAGGGUUGCCAAGCGGGAGCUUGAGGAGAUUAACACGCGCUUACGCCAGUAUACGUGGAACAAAUGGGGCCCAUUCGUGGAGAUGUGGCAAAGAGAUGUGGAGCUCGCCGAGAUGGAACAGUCUGAGAAGUUGAAAGAGAUUGCGAAGCUAGAAGAGAAGCAGCAAGGCCACAAAAGUCAAAGCGAUGACUUCGCUGAGAUCGGCGGUAAGAAGGCACAGAUAAUUGCAAGGCAGAAGGUCAUACAAGAUGAGUUGCAGACGGCCGAGAAGUCUGCAGAGAAUGCAAGAGAGAAAGUCAAGAGCGCAGAAGCGGCACUGAGCAAAAUCUGGUCCGAAAUUGGGGAGGAGCUCAAGAAGGCUGGCGUCAUGGAUCCCAAGCACGCCAUGAUGGUGAAGUUCAUGGCUGCAACGUUGCAAGCGGACUUGAAAGUUGCAAGAAGCAUGGAGCGUCUGAGCUCCCCGGUGUUCAAAGGCCUUGUGCUGCAACUGGGCGUCCUGAUUCAGGACGUGAGUGCCGCGAAAACGGUGAAGGAUCAGGCAGACGCAAUUCGCAACCUCCUCAACGACAUCGAAACAGAUGAGGAAGUCACCACACAGACGCCCGGCUGGGUGGUUGCAGUGAGACUCAACGAGCGCAUCUGCUUCCACAAGCUGACCAGGCUGGUCACCUCUGCUUCGGCAGCAAGUGCAACAGAUGUGGCACCGUUUCUUCAAGAAAUGGAAGAGCGUGCUCAGAAGCAGCUUCAGGAGUGA